GACUUUCUCUCCACCCGUUGGUCGGCUCUUGAAACGCUGGUCACAUGCUUGCACGUGCACGGGCGAGGAAGUAAGGAAACCAAACGCGAGCGCAUAUCGGCGCAGCGAAACUGCAGACGCGCUUGUGUUUCAUUUCUCUUUUAGAAGUUGUUCUUUCUUUCUUAGUGUUGUCUUAUUGUUGUCUCUCAGUCAGUCUGUUCAUCAUAAAGGAAAUCAUCAUUAAAGUACUGAUUCCUGUUUCGCCUCCGAUGUGUCUCUGAGGUCUGCAAGCAUGAAGUCUGAUGUUGCAUAUGAAAAGAUGGCUGAUGUGGAGUCGAGUAAAAGAGAGAGUCUUCUGAAACUCCAAAAGUAUUCCAGGUGUAUUCUGAUCCUCACCCUUCUCACUGCUGUGCUGCUCAUGAUGUUUAGCAUUCAAACACUCCUAAUUCCCUCAAUGUUAACAUCUGGCCCAAAGACAAAUCCUCCCAUGGCACACCCCUGCACUGAUACCUGCAGACUGGUACUGGUGGAGAGCAUCCCAGUGGGAUUGGAAUUCAACUCGUCUGUUGGUAAUCCAUCCAUCUAUCAGGCAUGGCAGAGUCUCUUGUCAGAGGCGCAGAGCAGUCUGGACAUUGCCUCGUUCUACUGGACCCUCACUAACGAGGACACACACACACAUGAGCCAACGGCCAAUCAGGGUGAGGAGAUCAUGCAGGAACUUGUAGAGCUUUCUGGGAAAAUCUCUGUGCGCAUCGCUGUGAACACUCCUCAGGAAAGACAGCCACAGCGUGACAUCCAGCUGCUUAUUAAUGCUGGUGCCGACGUGAGGGAUGUAAACAUGCGAGAUUUAACUACUGGUGUGCUGCACACUAAGUUCUGGGUGGUCGAUAAGAAGCACAUUUACAUCGGUAGUGCCAACAUGGACUGGAGAUCCUUAACUCAGGUGAAAGAGCUCGGUGCUGUGGUAUAUGACUGUAAGUGCCUUGCUGAUGACCUCGGGAAAAUAUUUGAAGCCUAUUGGUUCCUUGGUGAGAGCAAGACAAUACCUGCACCCUGGCCCAGCCAAUACGCUACAGCCUUUAACAAAGACACACCAAUGCAGCUGCCAAUCAACGGGACAGACUCUAGAGUUUACCUGUCGAGUUCUCCUCCAUCUUUGUGUGCUGAGGGCAGAACUUCAGAUCUUCAGGCUAUUUUAAGCGUCAUUAACGAUGCACAGCGGUUUGUUUACAUUGCUGUGAUGGACUACCUGCCCGCUGUGCAGUUCUCAUUUCCUAAAAGAUACUGGGCUGAAAUUGACACUGAACUGAGGCGUGUGGCAUUCGAGAGGAAGAUUCAUGUGCGUUUGCUGAUCAGUUGCUGGAACAACACCUCUGAAGACAUGUUCCCAUUUUUACGCUCGCUUGCAUCUGUACAGGAUUCAAAGAGUAACCUCGACAUUCAGGUGAAAAUCUUCAUCGUUCCCAGCAGCCCUAGUCAAAAGGAAAUUCCCUUUGCUCGAGUGAACCAUAACAAGUACAUGGUGACAGACAGAGUUGCCUAUAUAGGAACGUCAAACUGGUCUGGCGAUUACUUUGUAAACACAGCAGGCUCAGCGUUAGUGGUGAAUCAGGCUUCGACCUCAUCAUCAGAAUCUACAGUGAGAGAACAGCUGCAGGCUGUGUUUGACAGAGAUUGGGAUUCUCCCUACAGCACUCCACUCAACCACAACAGUGACCUCAAACAGAUCUGUGAAAUAUAAUACAGAACCAGCAGGGGGCACCUUAAAACUCCCUUGUGUUCCAGUGUCGAUUUAACACGGCCUCAUCAACUUCACCUAACACCUACACUCUUAAAAAUAAAGGUUCCAUAUAGACCCCAAAAGGGUUUUUCAGCCUGAUGCCAUAGGAGAAUCCUUUUAAGUUGCACAAAGCAAAUUUUACUCUCAAGUUCUUCACAGAACCAUCUAUUUACUGGUGCUUUAAAGAACCCACAAAUGGUUCUUCACAGUAGUGCCACAAGGAACCAUGUUAUGUUACCUAUAAAGUUAUCUAUAAAAAAUGAAAUUGAAUUUUUUUUAAAAAAAAACCUUAGUUGGUGCUUUAAGGAACCACAGUAAGGUUCUUAAGAGUGAUGUCUGCCAGGAGCACUUUAUAGGUUUCAUUUUAACCUGUUAAGGGAUAAUACCUUGAAGAACCAAUACACUGCUCUGAAGAACCUAUAAUGAAUCAUAAAGAACUUCUUUAAUCUCCAAAGAACCAUAAGGCUCAACUCCAGAACCAUAUACAAUGAAAAAUGGUUCUUGACAAGAAGGUUUUUUGAAGAACCUAUGGUGCUGUAAAGAACCAUUGAAGAACAUUUAUUUUUAAGAACAUAGGCCAUGUAAGGGGAGGAGUAUCUGGGAACACACUCAACCUGUGCAGCUGGAACAAUGUAGCUGAAUUGUUUCCUCUCAGAUUUACAUCUUUGGUUGCCUUUACACAAAAAAAAAAAAAAAAAAUUGCAAGUUGACAUGUAGCAUCAUAAAACACAACCUGAACCCAGAUAAUGAAAGAUAAAUGUUUCAAUCAGAUGGCAGCAGGUUGCCUUUUGGUUUACUCGAGUUUCUAAAUUCUGUAGUGAUGUUGACUUGAUUCCAGAUCCAGCAUUUUUCUAACCAACUUGAGAUGAUUGAGUAACAGAAUGGCCAAUAAGAUGGCCAAUACGAUAGCAACUACAAGAAAGUCAAUGAGGAUAAGAAGAAAAAAAAAAAAAAAUUGGAACAGAGGGCAUGUUGUUCAGUCCAGUGCACAAUCAACUGUUUUCUCCUUGCACUACAUAAACGAUAACACAUAAUGAACAUAAUUGAGGGAACUUCAAUAAGGAAGGUUUACAUCUUCACAAUUUCCUUUUUUUUCCUGCAUGACUCAGUUAUUACAGAUAGCAUUAUAAUCCACUUGCACAUUAUCACAAAAACGAUGGUUUGGCCAAAAAUGAAUAUUGUCUCCCUACUCCAAAUGUAGUCGAUCAGCCAAGCCAUGUUUGGUGUCCUGGUAGGAGGAGUGGAUUUCUGAUUUCCAAAGGGUAAAAGCAGGAAUGUAUGUUAGAAGUGAUUUGGUUGAUAGUAAAUUUUCCUUACUUGUUAGCUACAUUGCUUUUGUAGCUGCAGUGGAAACUUAAAGAAGCAAACUUCAGAUCAAGCACGUCUUCGCUGUUGACUGAUGAUGCACUGAAGGCAGUAAUGCUUUCUUUUGCCAAACUAUCGUGCUUACAGCUGCGAUACAUUCUACUGUUUUUGUCUUUUGUAACAAAGGGAAUUUAAACCCUGUACCUGGGCAGAUGCAUGUGUUUUAUUAAUAUUUUAGUAGCAUUUUUUAAAUUAAACUGGUAUGAAUUUUAUUUCCUCAGGUAAAUCUAUAGCUGAUCACUGAUACCCAGAAGUCUCAGAAUAAUUAUGCUGCUGUCAUUUAGCUGCCUUAAAUGUUACUUGAAAUGCAUUACCAUUUGUACCUAUUAUGUUUUUGUGUUUCUUUUCAGUGAAUAAAUACUUUUACUCACUUUUUUUCUUCUGUAACCAUUUCUGAGUAACUGGUGUAGUACAUAUGUGUUUGAAUGAAAAUAUAGAACUGCUUACAUUAAUUAAUGAUAAUGCAAUAUACUUAAGCAGAUUCUCACUCCUUAUUUUUUUAGACAUGAUUGUCUUGCUCUAACACAUCUGAUUCAGCCCAUAAACACACCUUUCAUGAAAGUAAAAUCGAUGUUUUUUUUUUGGUGUGACAGAUCAGUGUUUUCAAAUCACUUAAUUCUUGCUUUCCCCAUGUUAGACAUUUCUAAAACCCAAGAUUUAACUCAUCAGCUCUUUAACAUACCCUUUAUGAGGAUACAAUUAAUGUGUUAAGGUAGUGUUUCCAAAUUCUCUUAAGUAAUGAGGUUAAAUGGCUGUGUUAGGUUAAUGCAGUGGUCACCAACCCUGUUCGUUGAGAUCUACCUUCCUGAAGACUUUAGCUCCAAACAUAAAUGUGCCCACUUGGCCAUCUAAUCAUUGCUUCAAGAAGUUCCUGAUCAACUAAAACAGGUGUGUUAGAUUUUGGCUGGAGAUGAAACCUGAAGGAAGAUCUUCAAAAAGAGGGUUGGUGACCACCGAUAUAGAGUUUCCUGCUGAUUCAGCCCAUGAGCUCAUUAACAUACAGGUGAGGUCAUAAAUGCACAUACCCCUUGAAAAUCUGGAAAAUGUUAAUAAAUUUUAAAAAAAAAAAAAAAAAGGAUCAUAAAAAUUGCAUUUUUUAAAAAUUUAUUUAGUACUGCCCUGAAUAAGCAACUUCACAUAACAGAUGUUUAUAUAUAAUUCACAAGACGCAAUAAUAACUGAAUUUACACAAUUGGACCAGUUCAAAAGUUUACAUAUACUUGAUUCUUGGAUGAUCCACAACUGUUUUUAUGUUUUGUGAGAGUUGUUCAUAAGUCCCUUGUUUGUCCUGAGCAGUUAAACUGCCCACUGUUCUUCAGAAAAAUCCUCCAGGUCCUGCACAUUCUUUUCUUUUCCAGCAUCUUCUGCAUAUUUGACCCCUUUCCAACAGCGGCUAUAUGAUGUUGAGAUCCAUCUUUUCACAGUGAGGACAACUGAGGGACUCGUACACAACUAUUACAAAAGGUGGAAACAUUACAAACAUUCACUGAUUCUCAAGAAGGUAACACGAUACAUUAAGAGCCAGGGAGUGUAAACAUUUUAACAGGAUGAUCAGUGUCGAUUGUUAUUAUUUUGUCUUCUGGGAAACAUGUACAAUGGUGCUUGAAAGUUUGUGAACCCUUUAGAUUUGACUAUAUAUGACCUAAAACAUCAUCAGAUUUUCAGAAGUCCUAAAAGUAGACAAAGAGAACCUAAUUAAGCAAACGAGUUAAAAAUACUAUACAUGGUCAUUUAUUUAUUGAGGAAAAUUAUCCAAUUUUACAUAUCUGUGAGUGGCAAAAGUAUGUGAACCUCUAGGAUUAGCAGUUUAAUUUGAAAGUGAAAUUAGAGUCAGGUGUUUCCAAUCAAUGGGAUGACAAUCGGGUAUGAGUGAGUGCACUAAUUUAUUUAAAGAACAGGGAUCUAUCAGAGUCUGAACUUCACAUUGGCUAAUAUUA